CCCGGGCAGCCGACGGGCCAACCAGGCCAGCCCCUUGCCCGCCUCGCCUUCAUAGCCGCCGCCGCGCGCACGGAAAAGCGCGAGGCAGGGGCGGGCCCUCACGGACCGCGCCUCUUCCUGGGCGGGGCGCGGCCCCGCGCCGGUCCCGCCCUACGCACGGCGGCCCGGCCGGCUCCAUAUGAGGUGGCUCCUGGGGAAGCGGCUCUUGGGGAAGUGAGUGAUAUCCAAGCCGCGGGCGGGCCGAAGGCCUCGUUGGCAGGGGCCUCCAGUUCCUCUGAGAACUCUUCUGGGAGCAACCGAGUGCACCACUAGAGCGCCCGUCCGCGGGGCCGCUACGGCCGGUGGCGCGCGCCCCUCUCGGUGGGCGGGCCCGCGCCCCCGGGUGCGCGCGGUAAGGCUGGGCAGGCGCCGCCAUGAUGAACAGCGGCGGCAUCGGGGUCCCGUUGGGCUUCCCCCUGGGCCCCACGUCCGUCAUCCAGGUCACCAACCUUUCCUCGGCCGUGACCAGCGAGCAAAUGCGGACGCUCUUCGGCUUCCUGGGAGAUAUUGAGGAGCUGCGUCUCUAUCCCCCAGACAACGCACCUCUUGCUUUUUCCUCCAAAGUAUGUUAUAUUAAGUUUCGUGAAGCAUCGAGUGUUGGUGUGGCCCAGCAUCUAACUAACACGGUUUUUAUUGACAGAGCUCUGAUAGUUGUGCCCUGCGCAGAAGGUAAAAUCCCAGAUGAAGCCAAAGCCCUGUCUCUACUGGCGCCUGCUCCUACUAUGACAAGUCUGAUGCCUGGUGCAGGGUUGCUUCCUAUACCUACACCAACUCCCUUGACUACACUUGGUGUUUCACUUGGUACUUUAGGGGCUAUACCAGCAGCAGCAUUGGAUCCUAACAUUACGGCGCUGGGAGAAAUACCACAACCACCAAUUAUGGGAAAUGUGGAUCCAUCCAAAAUUGAUGAAAUCAGGAGAACAGUCUACGUUGGAAACUUGAAUUCCCAGACUACAACAGCAGAUCAGCUGCUUGAAUUUUUUAAACAAGUUGGAGAAGUCAAAUUUGUGCGAAUGGCAGGUGAUGAGACGCAACCAACACGAUUUGCUUUUGUGGAAUUUGCAGACCAAAAUUCUGUACCUCGAGCUCUUGCCUUUAAUGGAGUUAUGUUUGGAGACCGGCCACUGAAGAUAAAUCACUCCAAUAAUGCAAUAGUGAAGCCUCCUGAAAUGACACCACAAGCUGCUGCCAAGGAGCUAGAAGAAGUGAUGAAGAGGGUAAGGGAAGCCCAGUCUUUUAUAUCUGCUGCUAUUGAGCCAGAGUCUGGAAAGAGCAGUGAAAGAAAAGGCGGUCGAUCUCGUUCCCAUUCUCGUUCAGAAUCCAGGUCUAGCUCAAAAUCCCGAUCUAGAAGGAAAAGAUCACACUCAAAACACAGAAGUAGAUCUGGCAACAGAUCUCUCUCAAGACACAAGGACAGACGCAGAUCCCGAAGUCCUCUGAAAAAACGGUCUAGAUCUACGGAAAGACGGAAAUCAAGAAGUCGCUCUCGUUCUCGGGACAAGAAAAGAGACAAAGAAAAGAUCAAGGAAAAAGAAAAGGCCAAAGAAAAAGAGAAAGACAGAGACCGAGACAAGGAGAAGGAUAGGGAUCGAGACAAAGACAGGGAAAGAGAGCGAGAUAAAGAGAGAAAUAGGGAGAAGGACAAGGAGAGAGAUAAAGAGCGAAGCAAAGAUAGAGAGAGAGCCCGAGACAAAGACAGGGACAAGGAUAAAGAUAAGGAAAAGGAAAAAGAUAAAGAUAAGGAAAAAGACAAGGAAGAGGUAGAUCAGAACAAAGAAAAAGAAGAUACUGAGAAGGACAGAGAGAAGAUUAAGGACAAGGAGGGAGAUAAGGACAAAGGAGGGGACAAAGAAAAGGACAGAGAUAAGGAAAAAGAUGGGGAUAAGGAGAAGGAGCGAGAAAAAGAGAGAGAUGAUAAAAAGAAGAAAGAUAAGAGAUCCCGAACACCCCCAAGAAGCUAUAGCUCUUCAAGAAGAUCUCGUAGCUCCAGCAGAGAAAGGCGUAAAAGGAAGAGCAGAAGUCCCUCCAAAUCUCCUAAAACAUCAAAAACAGCAAAAAGAAAGUCUUCACGAACUCCUUCUCCAAGAAGAAACAAGAAAGAAAAAAAAAGAGAAAGAGAUACAAAUAAUGAAAGAAGAGAAAGAGAACGCUCCACUUCAAAGAAAAAAAGUAGUAAAGAAAAAGAGGGAAAGGAGAAAUCUGACAAAAGCACCACUACUUUGAAGGACAAAGAUAACAAUAAAGAAGAUCAGAAUUCAGAAACUGACAAGGAAGUAGACAAUAGAGAUACACAAAGGACAGAUGAAGUCAAGCUACAACAGAAUGGGAAUUGUCAACCAAAUGAGGAAAAUCUCUCAAUUAAAAUGGAAGAGGUUUAAAGCAAAGAAUGGACUUCUAAUUCAAGUAAGGAAUGAAAUCCAAAGCAUUUUGUUUCCCAGAAUGAGGAAGAAAAUGUCAAAGCAAUCAACCUGAAUGUGUUGAUAGUACUAGUAGCUCCUCCAGUUCAUGUGAUAGCUUUGUUGUCUUCUUGCUGUAAAGCAAGAGAGCACAGACCAGUAGUUAAUACCAUGAAAAGGUAGAUGCCAUCAGAACUAUUCAUCUCUGAAAAUCCAUGCAUUUCCAUGAUGGCUGUACUUGUAAAAUGAUUUAUGUUAAGUUUUGCUAUAAGCUGUUACAAAUAACUAGAAACUGAAAGAUGUAAACCUGUACUUCCCAAAAAAGCUGAAGAUAUGCAUUGAAGGUUGUUUAAAAUACUGCUUGUUGAUGACUUCUGGAUUGUUCUACCCUGUAGGUUAAAAAAAUCCACAAAAACUUUAAUGUGUGCUGUUUGAUGUGCUUGAAAAUGGUGCAUAAAUAUACACACUUUCUUUCCUUGUAAAUGACAACUGUGGGGAAAGGGGGUUUUAGCAUAAACAUGUUUUUACUGUUCUACUGUUCUUAUGUUAAAUAGAUUAGUAUGUUUUUCAUUUGCUCACUGCUUGAGAUUCUUAGGAUUUAUUAUUUAAAAUAAUUUCUUACUAAUAUCCUUGAAAUUAAUAUUUCUUAUAAAGUAUUUGAACAAUGCAUGCGCUUCUUCUGUUCCUAAAAGGAACAUUGCCAUGUUAUAGAUAUUAGGUUAGCUUACAGGGCUAUUUUGGGGUUGUUUUGUUUUGUUGUUUUCUUUGUCCAAAGAGAAGUGAGCACAUCUGUAUGAUGAUACCAUAACUUACAGCUUUGUUUUGCAAUGUACUGCAGUGUGUCUGUUCAGCUGAGAAUAGUACAGGUGCCAUUAAGAAAAUAAAUUUUUCCUUUUUGUUAAAAAAAUAUGGGAGCACAAGCAGAAGCUUUAGUGCCUUCUUAAAAUGUGGUAUUUUCUAGAAAUGUAUACGUGCUGUUACACAUUUUUAGCUAAAUCUUAUAUGAUCUCUCUUGCUACUUUGCCACCACCAUACUGUAGACAAAAAUGCAAGUGACUUGCCAGAAUGGUUGUUUGAUUCAUUUGUUAAAAUAGUGAAGCUCCAUUUUACUUUUAUUUUUUAUUCUUAGAAGAGAUUUAUAAAUAAGAGAAAAGAUGUAAUUUAGGGACCACCACUGUACAAAAGUAGUAGCUGAAUACAAAGUGUGCUCUCAUCACCUGCAUCAAAGAAAGCCCUUAAGACAUUUAAUAUACAUUUGGAUGGCCUUAAUUGUUACCUCUCUGUUAUUUUCUCUGAUACCUGUUUGGUGAUAUAAAAGGAAUGGCAUGCAGAGAAAUAGGGGAUAAAUAAUUUGAGGAAGAAAGUUCUAAUUUAUGCAGGGCUUACAUAGUAGAGAUUCUUUUAUCGUUUUUUGUAGAGAAAGCAUGCAAGAAGAGAAUGACAAAACAGGUGGUUUUGUCAUGGCAGAACAUGGCUUUUGUUCUUUGAAGUAAUUUAAUCGGUUAUAUGAGAUUUCUGAUAAGUUACGCUUUUAAGACAUAAUUAUAGCUAAAAUCGUGUAGAUUAUUUUUACUACAACUUAAUGCAAUCAAAUUAUUAAUUGCCUUACCUCAUGGGAAGUGUUAUUUCUUUCAGUUAAAAUAAAAAACUAAGUGUAUUGCCUGUUUGCUUUCUACUUGUUUUACUUUAGCUCCACAUAGUUAGUUUUUUCAGUGGAAGGGAAGCAUAUUACAGGGAAUGAAAACUUUGCCGUACUCCUAAGGUAAUGAAAUCAAAUUUGAUUGUGAAGCUGCUUAAUCACUCCUCAUUUUCUGUAAGGUUUAAUGUUCUUGCCACUGUGUACAUUUAAGACAACAGAAAAUGCUUUACCAUGUAAAGUAUAGAACAGCCAUUUUUGUGAUCUUUUAGCCACAUGCUGUUGGCUGGUAAACAGCUAAUUCUGAUAAAAGAAUAAAAAAUCUGUAUGCUUACAGGAAGACUGAAAGAUUCUGUUUUGAAACAACAGCUGUCUUAUUUAUGAUGUGUAAGUAGCAUAGAGCAAAGAGAUUGUUUGUAUACUUGUUAUCUUUGGUACCAUUUCACUAAUAAAGUAAGUAUUUUAGAGGGAUGUUUCUACUGGUACAUACUUAUUAAAGGAGUAUUUUUAGACCA